GCAAGCGACAGGACUGUUUGGAAAACCAUAACAACUCUAGCUAGAUAACUGUCCAUUUUCAUUUACAACAUGCUGUCAGAAGGAUAUUAGCCUCAUUUACGCUAGCAUAUGCGUUUCGUUGGAUAUCGUUCGUGGUUUUACAACCGGUGAAUAACCAACCAUGAAGAGGGACCAGUCAGAUGGACAGACAUCUACCUGCCUCUCUUCCUACUCAUCUAUGAGAGCAUCCAUGGAUCUAACCAUGUGACAAAAGCAUUCUGCUCACCAACAUUUUUCUACCCAAAGGGGACUGAUUAUCUCAAGAUGCGUCGUUUGGAAGACGUUGCCAACAUUGUUCUGCGGGUACCAAGCAUCCUGGUACUGGACUUGCUCUAUAAAUGUGACAUUGAUAGCUUCACAGAGCACCUCAGGGCGAAGAACGAAGACAUGCUCUUCAAAUACAAAUAUGUUAUCUGGAACCUGUAUUACCUAGGUCAUGUGAUCAACGUAGUGGUGUUAGUUUUGCCAUUGAGACACAUCAUCAAGCUCUACCUCUACAUCCUCACCACUCUGCUCUUUUACGUGGGACACCAGAUCUCCAAGGACUAUGUCCAUGGAGAGGUGCAGUAUGGGUAUGAUGGAGCCCUGUACCUCGACUCUCAGGCCUUCAACCGCUUUGUCUCUUCGCUGACUAGUCAGGUCAUAUUGAGUACUUUGUGUGCCUUCCUCAUGAAGACCAGGAAGGUGUGGCUGUUCUCUGCCCACCUUCUGCCCCUAUUGGCCCGUCUCUGUGCCAUGCCCCACGACACCCUGCUAUUGGUCAACUCCUUCUCCACGGUCCUGACUGGAAUAGGUGUGGCCAUGUUCCUCCUGUCCAAUCUGUUCGUGCCGUACCGGCUGGCCAGGGCAGCCUACUCUGAGCUGCUUCAACUGGAGACCCCAUCAUCCUGGCCCUGGGGGCGUCUAGAAACAGGAGUCUAUGGAAACACUUCCGAGGUCUCAGUAUGUGUCUUGUUCUGCUGGUGUUCCCAGGAUACAUGGCAUAUAAAAUCUCCCAGUUCUUCCACAUGGACUUCUGGCUCCUCAUCCUGGUCUCCAGCUGCAUGCUCACCUCUCUGCAGGUGACAGGUACCUUGCUGAUCUACUUCCUCUUCAUGGUUGAGCUGUUCUGUAGCGACCCUAUAGACAGCCUGGAUGAGAUCAUCUAUUGGGUCAAUGCAGAUGAGCUCAGCCGUGCUGACGUACUGCGGACAUUUCUUCCAUGGAAACUGCCUGCGUAAGUGGCUCUACGUCCAGGAGACUUGCCCCAUGUGCCACCAGGCCAUCCGCCCCACCACGCCAGAAGACUUCCAGGCUGCUCCUCCGCCCUCUAGAGGUACUGGGCCAGGCCGGGCAGAGGACAGGAGAGGCUCCAGAGAUCAGACUCCAGGCAGGGACGCCACACACCAGCCACCAGUUAACCUGCCAUCCCCAGGUUCCCCAGAUCAGCAGGAGGGGACAGAGAGCCUGAGAGAGGGAACCAGUGGUUUAGAUAGAGAGGACAGACCAGGACGUCCACGUAGGGAACCUGUCCAGGAUCUCAGCUUCAGCUCCACCGGGGACUUCGUAGGCUUUGUCAGCCCAGGCUCUCCUGCGGGUCGUCCUAGUCCAGGGAAGCAGAACCUGGAGCCUUGGGAUGGAACUCAGCCUACCAAYAGGUACAACGGUGGAGGGGUUGACAGCACGAUCAAAGAACUAUUGGUGCAAUCUAAUCCCAAAGAGUGGAAUGGCAGAGUAUUGACUAGAGUGAAUGGGGCUACACAGAACUGCAGGACUGAGAACAACCUUGUAGGAGAAAACCAAUGUGGACCCAUGUCAGGGAAAACAACCAGAAAGACCUCGAGGGCUAAGAGUGUGAACAGGAUAGGAGACGUCACCCAACAGAAACACGAACACACGGGACGACCGCGGUCACACACUCUAGAUGAUGGACAUACACAGCAGGAUGAAAGCCAAUCAGAACUGGACACGCCCUGGGAUGUUAAAUCUACCCGGCGACAGAGAUCUAGGUUACGCAGUAGUUCUACUAAUAGCAGAACAGAGGAGGAGGGACUCCGUCACAACAGCAGAACAGUGGAGGGGGAUCCGUCACAACAGCAGAACAGAGGAGGGGGGACUCCUCACCACAGCAGACAUGGAGGGGGGACUCCGUCACAACAGCAAACAGAGGAGGAGGGACUCCGUCACAACAGCAGAACAGAGGAGGAGGGAUCCGUCACAACAGCAGAACAGAGGAGGAGGGACUCCGUCACAACAGCAGAACAGUGA